AUGUUCACGUCAGUACGGACUGCAGUCGCGGACCGCAGUCCGUUCGGUGGCGUGGUUGUCGUGCACUGGCAGAACAAUGGAAGAUUUAAAGUUUCAACGAGAAUUUCCCCCCAAACAUUAGGAAGAAUAAUUCCAGAGACCUGCUCAGCUAUUGUCAAGGCCUUGAAUGACUAUUGCAAGGUACCGAAUACAGCCGAGGAGUGGAAACAAAUUGCACAGGAGUACGGGGAAAAAUGGAAUUUCCCCAACUGCCUAGGCAGCAUGGAUGGAAAGCAUAUAGCCAUAACACCACCACCUGGAAGUGGUUCUUACUUCUAUAAACUAUAA